UUUUCGUUGGGUCUUGGACGCAUUCGAGACUGGCGAUCAAAUGGAAGCACGACGUCGAUUUUUAAGAACGGAGACCCGUUGUCGCCUACACGGGGUACAUUCUCUAUUGUUGUUUGCCCUAUUUUUGGGUUUCUCAGAGGCUGCUGGAGUCCUGGACUUGCUCACCCCCGAACCGGAUCUCACGAUAGACGAGUGUCACGAUGAGUUCACCAUCGCGUGUGCCAACGCCUCACAAGUCUUCUCCGAUUCCUACGAUUUGUGCGAACUGAAUGCCAAUGAGACCAUCAUCAAUCUGGAGGUCGAUGUGGAACUGGAGCGACUGCAAAUCGAGUUGGGAUCCAGUGCGGUGUGCGGAAAUAUGCAAAUCUGCGACACAUUGGUGGACGAUCUGGACUACUUUCAGUGCAUCAACAAAAACGGAAUCCAAAACCUAGACAUUCUGAACGAAAUAAAUUACAAUGCCACGAGUGCGUAUACACGGCUACAUGAGGAUUACGAUGCAGUGCAUCGGGCGUUUCUGCUUUGCGGACUCGAUGCCCAGAAAAAGUAUAUGGAGGACAUAAGGCAGGCCCACAGAGAGCUCACACAAUGUCGAUCGGAAAUCGACGAGUUUAACGAGUAAUUAUUUCUUAUCUGUCACUAAAGUAAACAAAAUGAUUAAGGGUGAAUAAACACCAUCGUAUAAGCAGCUAAA